AUGGAAUAUGUCCAACAAGGCUACAUAGUUACGGACUUUAUCGACGGAGGCUCUUUGGACGCAAUACCAUGGUCGAGCCGCACUAUUCAGGAACGGCAAUAUAUCGUCGAUCAGAUGAUGAAAGCAUUUGAUCAUAUGAGGACUAUGCGGAGUAGCGAACCUGAACCAGUCGGACGAGGAGUUCCCGAGGGCGCGUUAUUCUCUGUUUGGGGCGCUGGCAGGACAUUAGAAACCGCGGCCGACAUGGAAACCUGUUUCAACGCGAAGCUUAAGUUUAGGGGUGGAGGGGAUGUUACUGGCAGGUUCGAAGAUCUAGGCAUGUGCCAUAUGGAUAUCAAGUUGAGAAACCUCGCCUUUGACAAGGCUGGCCAGCUAUGGUUCUUGGACUGGGCUUGGUCCGGCUUCUUCCCCCCGAUUUUCGAACACGCAGGUCUUGUGCGUAUACAAGAAGGCUGGCCGGAUUGUGAGUUUGCGCAAGAUUUGUUGCGCGAGUUGAGACGCAAGCCAUACGAUGAGACGCUCUUGGCCCUGGUUCUAGGUGUGUAUGAGGUCAAUAACGGUGUUUUUGCCGUACGCACGAGCAGCGUGGUUAUAAGCGCGUCUAUCGACACAGCGCUGAAGAUGGUCUUGUAUGAGCGAUAG